CCACCGUUCUCGCAGAAAGGCAUGCCUUUCGGCGCCGGCCGACGAAGGGAGACGACUAGUGAGGCAACUCUCCUAGUGAUCGGCUGGCCAUGUGGGUCGUGUGAAGACAGCUAAGCGGAGGUCAAUCACGACAAAGUAUCAGUUAUGGAGUGGCGCAAUCGUUGUUGAGAUGGAACAUCCCUCUGCAUGCGAAAACUACCGUUCCAACUCACCACGUCUCUCGCUUUGCCGCCGCCAAAAUGAUUAACCAUUUGCCUCAGUGAGAACAACGACUUUGACUGCAGAAGACAGAAUCAGUCAGAUCCGAACGACAAUCAUUUGUGGCACGGUGUAUGAACCACGUGAUCGUGAUGGCAAUCGGUCGCCGGAGGCAUUCACUGUAGGACGGUAACACAAGCAUGCGAUAAAUGUUCCCGAUCAGAUGACGGCCAGCCUUCCGCUCAGUCCAUGGAGGUUCUAGUACUGGCCACAAUACAAGCCCAUCAAGGAACGUCAAAGGUGAUGUGCCAGACCUCGCACUCAGCUCGUUUGCGUCAUCUGAGGACGAACAUUCACGGUGGAUGCGAGAUUGCCAAAGAGGAAGUAGCCAUGUACCCGCCUUAGUUGACCGAAUCGCCCUCUCUGGUCCUUGAACUGAAUCCGACAUCGUCCCUUUGAAGCUUGAAGAAGACAUUCCGACAAACGGUCCACCGCCAUGGCCGCUCCCUCCUCAGCCCAUAUCAACAGUUCUACAAAAGCCAUUCAUGAAGUUGUCGUACAAACGCUCGCAUCGGGACGAGGCGAAGAUGCACUUGAUGCCUCCAAACCUUACACGAACUGGGCCUAUCCGUUCCCCGUUCCACCAAGACAGUACUGUCCAGCUCUGCUUCCGCGGCCCAACUGCACGCAUAUCGUCAUGGAUUACCUUUACACCACUGACAUUCCUUGUGAUACCUGCGGGCUUCCGCCGCGGCUGGGCUGGCUCUUUGUUUGUCGGCAAGACUGGCACUCCGAGGCAGCAGCGCGUCGCCAGAUAGUUAUGCUGAAUCGGACACAUGAACAAGGUCAAUCACCGUCGCGAAUCGACGAGCUCCAAGCCUGUGGGAUGAGUUGCUCAAUUCUAAAGCAGAUCAAGCAAGGCAACGUCUUUGAUCGUUUUCAAGUCGAGGUGCUUAAAAACCAGAAAAUCAAUAUGUUGCGGGUGAUGGAGCAACAAUUAGCAGGUGAAGAUGGACCAUGGCACCGGACUGGAAGCCAAGUGAAGCAUAGAAAAGCAAAAGCCCAAGAUCAGGAAGAGUAUCCUCCGAGUAAAAAUGUCUCUGUACACGAUGUUCAAAUCACCACAGCAAAUCUAAUUCAAAAACUUGGCCAUUUUCGAAAGCGAUCGCAGGUCAUUCCGAAAUGUGGUUUCAAAUGUUGCUCUACAUGCAGACCAUAUCUCAAAGAUCGAGCGUACAUCUCACUUGGCGCUGCUGUCAUAGGCGACGUCGAUACCGAGCGUUUUGUUCCUCAGGAACGUCCUGUCUCCACGAAAAGAACAGUCGAGACUCUGGGACUUCGACCAGUGUACUAUCCACGUUUCCGAACGAUGCAAGAAAGCUCGGACGAUUUCUCUACCAGCACAUCGUAUACCACCUCCAGCGACGACGGUGCAAGCGAGUAUGAGGUGCCGUCAACACACUCACCUGCUACGCCUGCUCAAAUGACACGCCAGAAUAGUGUAGCGCAAACUCUGGAUGGCACGACCUCCGGCACUCUCAAGAUGAUACAAAAGUGGCUUACCCAAAAUAGUGUAGAAGAGCCGGCAGUCCAGCUACCAUCGAGUUCGUCGUCAUUGAAGCCCGAUAACACUCCUGUGCGAUCAAAUAAUGGAACGGAGGAAUCUCAUUACGGUUUGUUCAACCACUUUAGGCACAAGAAGACUCCUAAGCAGUUACUAUGGCGCAGCAAAUCGUCAAUAUCCGUAGGUCGGGGCGUGCGUCGCCCUCCUCUCCGCAAUGCUGGAUCUCAUCAAAUGCUCGACAGUCUCAGGCAUCACGAAGUUUCUAGCACAGAGACAGCUGACGAUCACGCUGAGAAUCCCCCAGUCAUGCCGACAUCCCGUGUAAUGAUGACUAAAGUAAAGUUACUUGCCCAGAGUGCCUCCGACGAGCAUAUCCACACAAACGUGCUUUCAGACUCAGUGGGCGGUCACGUCUCACCGCAGAGUGGCGCAUGUCAAGCUUCGGCUUCUAGCAACGAGGUUUUCGUACAUGGAGGAGUGGCGCUAACAGAGGAAGCUGUCGAAACAAAGAUUCCUGACAUCAUUACUCAGGUCUAAGAAUUGUCAUUUCGGUCUGUUUCCUGGUCAGCUGCUAUUUGUUCUCAACUGCAACUUCACCCGCAGGUUAGGCAGCAAUGGAUUGCAGGUAAAGGGCGCGUGUAUGAGGAAUGUGAACCUUAAAGUCUAGAAAUUCCACACAGUCUAUUUGUCAGGGGAGAUAGUUGGCCGCUCCUUAGCCUAUCUGCUUUUUUAUGUACCUGGAUAAUCUGCAUUUCGGCAAUCAACUUGCCACACAAUAGAAAUCAAUCUACGCG